AUGCUCCUGAAUGACCGUGGCACACCAGGCGAACUUGCGCGAGGUCCUGCAGAAUCAGGGCUACACGCUGGCACCUCGACGGAGAUUCAGCAGACGUGUAGACUUAGACGCGGCUACACGCUCCCAGCCGUCGGUUUGUCCCAUGUAGAAUCCUUGUUGAAUCCUUGUUGUUUCUGUGUUGUUUCCUUGUUCAUUCUGUGUUCAUUCUGGCCCAGUUUGCCAUCUCAGGAAGAUGUGCAAGGCCGCAUCUAUGACACCAGUGGGAGGCCCGUGGAUAUCUUGUACUUGGGAAUCCUCACAGCAGAGCACUUCCCAUUACAGCUGGAGCUACCCGACACAGGGACCAAAGCCUCCCUGCAGUUGAAAUUGGAAUUUCGCUUAGACGACGUUGGAGGUAAAGAGGAGGAGGACACGUCAUUUCUCCCCCUGAUGUCGGGCAGGAAGCGACGUGGCAGUUUGCGGCGGUCGCAGAGCUUGCAGUCUUUGGUCAACAACGUGGGCCGAGUCUUGCGGGUUUAUGUGCAGGCGAGCUGCAAUGGCCAGGGCCAGGUGCAAAAGACUUCUGUGCAAGAAGUGGAGCAGGGCUGCUCGACCACCUUCCUCGAAGAGGAGGGUCUCUUCUUCCAGGUCGGAGCUGCCUCAGAGCUGGGCCGGAAGGCCACGGAGCUGUUGAGCGCCGUGCGCAUUGCAGUCUACGAUAAGCGCAACUCUUGGAUCCGUGGCGACGCGUUGGUGGGCGAAGGAUGGCUCUAUCUACCACAAGAGGACGCAGAUCCGGAGGUGCAUCGAGGAAAACCGGUGACCCAAAAAUUGAAGCUCUAUCGCCGGGGUGUGGAAGUGGAGACGCAGGUCACUGUGACCUUUACGCUGCUGAAAGUGGACGAUGCGCGAGCAACGUUGGCACAAAGCGCCAAGCACUCCUUGCUGUCGGUAGCACGUGCGCUGGUUCAGCUAGCCCAGGUCCCUGGUGGCGUGAGUUUGUUGCUGAAGUCUUGUCCAAAGGAGCUGCGGAACGUGACGAAAGAGGAGAUCUACGAGGAACUGCACCAACUACAACAACUCCUCUUGGAGCCCUGGGCAGAAAGUGAUGAGGAAUUGUGUCUUGAAAAGAUGUCAGGCAUUGCCCGACAACUCUUGGACUUCGUGGAGCGUCAUGCCGACCCCGAUGCGGACAUCCCCAAGCUCAUUGUGGAGUGGAUGUUGCAUUUGUCUGCCCAGGUGCCAGUCCGUGGAGCUGUUCGUGGUACCAGCACCCGGGAGGCCUUGACCAACGAGGGGCGACUGCGUCGCUUCUUGGAAUCUGCACAGCUGCGCUUGGAGGGCCUUGUGCCUAUUGAUGCGGAAGGCGCAGUGGACGCAGCUUGGAAGAAGGAAGCGGUGGCGCUCAGGGAGAUUGGCAACUGGCACUACGCGCUAAUGCACCUGCCAGAGACAGCGGUCCUGGGCCGUGGCUCCUUUGGCACCGUAUGGCGCGCCAAGGACGCGCACACGGGCCGCUGCUAUGCGGUGAAGAACGUGACCGUGCCACCGCGUGGCCUGGCGAAGACCGCACAGCGUGAGAGCGAUGUGGCGGAUCGACUCAGCAAGGAGCCGCACAGGUGUGUGGUGCAGCUCUUUCACGCCAAGCAUUUUCCAGACCUUCGUCUCUACUGUUUCGUCAUGGAACUCUGCUCCAAAGGGAGCUUGACCGAACAUCUUCGACAGAUUUGGCAACGUGAAGAGGAUUACGUCCCUCCGCCAGAGGCCUUCUUUUGGAUUGGCCAAGUACUGCUUGGCAUCGAGCAUUUGCACACCAUGGGCAUGUUGGUCCGCGACUUGAAGCCGGACAACGUGGUACUCUCCGACGAAGGUCGGAAUGCCAAGCCUUUGGCGAAGCUCACAGAUUUCGGGCUCUGUCGUUUCGGCACCGAAGCAACCGGCGAGUGGACCUUCGGUGCACCGCCGGGGACGCCUGCAUACAUCGCCCCAGAGGUGAUCAAAGGGCAGGACUACGGCAAGGGUGCAGACUUGUAUUCAUUUGGCGCAGUGAUUUGGGUGAUCCUGGCGGGUGGCAUCAAGGUAGAGGGUCGGACCAAAGUGGAACCUCCCUGUGCUGCGAUGGCACACAAAUGGGACUACUCGGCCCUGGCGCACAACCAUCAGCUGAUCGCUGCGUGCAUCGCGCGGCCAGAGGAGACUGGCGCCAAGGCCUUGCCUUCGAAGGAGGCGGAGGACUUGGUCCUAAGUUUGAUCAAGGAGGAGGCGGACCAGCGCCCCUCGCUGGAAGAGCUACGAAGACAUCCACUGCUGUCGCCUUUGAAGCUGCCGCGACCCAGCGCCAGCAGCAAGGAGGUGGACGCGUGGCUAGCUCUCCUCGCACAAAAGGGCUGUCUGUGGCUCGUCCUGGAAGGGAACUGGUGGAAUUUGGGAUGA